GCGAUCAGCUGACUGCAGCGGACCGACAUCGUUUAGGGCUCUGCUGUCAUUCGAUUAAAUCCCGGUGGUAGUGAUCGGGAUAAGGACAGGAGCUUGUUGGAUUUAUAACUUCUGCAGGAUAUGUUUCAAUAGGCAACAAGUCUGAGAGGUCAUCAUUAUGUCGGGGAACAACCUAGUUUUACCCAUAGUGCUAUGGGGCCGCACAGCUCCAACUCACUGCAUCAGCAGUCUGCUGGUGAUGGAUGACUUCAGUACCAUCGUCACUGGCUGCCAUGACGGACAGAUCUGUUUCUGGGACAUGACACCUGAGCUACAGAUCUGCCCAAGGGCAAUGCUGUUUGGUCACACGGCCGCAAUCACCUGUUUGGCAAAGGCAAGCGCCUGCACUGACAAACAGUACAUCGUCAGCGCUUCAGAGAGUGGGGAGAUGUGUUUAUGGGAUGUGAAUGAUGGUCGCUGUAUUGAGUUCACUAAACUGGCUUGCGCACACACUGGCAUACAGUUCUACCAGUUCUCGUUCGGAGCGGAGAGGGAGGGACGUCUGCUGUGUCACGGCCAUUACCCAGAGAUCCUGGUGGUGGACGGCACCAGCCUGGAGGUCCUCUACUCCCUGGUGUCCAAGAUCUCUCCAGACUGGAUCAGCUCCAUGAGCAUCAUCCGGUCCCACCGCACCCAGGAGGACACGGUGGUGGCGGUUUCAGUGACGGGCAUACUGAAGGUCUGGAUCAUCACUGCUGAGGUCAGCAGAAUGCAGGACCUGGACCCAGUGUUUGAGGAGGAGUCCAAGCCCAUCUACUGCCAGGGCUGCCAUAGCAUCUCCUUCUGCUCCUUCACCCAGAGCAGCCUGCUGCUGGUCUGCUCCAAGUACUGGAGGGUGUUUGAUGCGGGGGACUACUCCCUGCUCUGCUCGGUGCCCAGCGAGGCGGACCAGGCCUGGACCGGGGGGGAGUUCAUCGCCGCUGAUAAGGUCAUCAUCUGGACCGAGGACGGCUGCAGCUGCAUUUAUACUCUGCCUGCUAGCUGCCUUCCUGCUAGUGAACAUUUCCGCAGCGAUGUUGGGAAAACAAAGGAGGCGUCCAUCCCUCCCCUUAUCUACAGCAUCACAGAGCGCACCGACAAACAGAGAGAGGAGGGAGGAGGCGAGGAGGAAGAGGUGGUUGAGGAGGGGAUGUGUCACCCUGCCCAUGGGUGCAACAUGGAGCUCUACACCCCAGAGCAGCUAUUCUACCACCGGCCUCUAGAGGCGCCACUCCUCAUCUGCCCCCCGGUCACCCGCUUCUUCUACGGGAGGAGGGAGCCCUUCCACAAGCUGCUGGUCCAGGGAGACUCUGCUGGACGCCUGUCCCUGUGGAGCGUCCCUGAUACCUGCCCCCCAGGGUCCCCUGCUACAGAGCUGCAGGUGUCCUCCACUGUCAGCCUGCAGGAGGCCUUUGAUAAGCUGACUCCUCUGUCUGCCGGCAUCAUCGACCAGCUCAGCGUCCCGCCGGGGGGAGAGGAACCCAUCAAGGUGACAGCCAGCGUGUACAUCCCGUCCCAGGGCCGUCUGGUCUGCGGGCGGGAGGACGGCUCCAUCAUCCUGGUCCCCGCCACGCAGACGGCCAUCGUGCAGCUGCUGCAGGGGGAACACAUGCUCAGGAGGGGCUGGCCGCCCCACCGCACCCUGCGUGGCCAUGGCAACAAGGUGACGUGCGUGCUGUACCCCCACCAGGUGUCCCCCCGCUACGACCAGCGCGCCCUGGUCUCGGGCGGCGUGGACUUCUCCGUCAUCGUGUGGGACAUCUUCACCGGCGAGAUGAAGCACAUCUUCUGUGUCCACGGCGGCGAGAUCAGCCAGCUCAUCGUUCCCCCGGAGAACUGCAGCACGCGGGUGCAGCACUGCGUGUGUUCGGUGGCCAGCGACCACUCGGUGGGGCUGCUCAGUCUGAGGGAGAGGAAGUGCAUCAUGCUGGCGUCCAGACACCUCUUCCCCAUCCAGGUCAUCAAGUGGCGGCCCGCCGAUGACUACCUGGUGGUGGGCUGCUCCGACGGCUCCGUCUACGUCUGGCAGAUGGACACGGGCGCUCUGGACCGCUGUGUGAUGGGCAUCACGGCGGUGGAGAUCCUGAACGCGUGUGACGAGCUGGCCCCAGCCACGGUGGACGCCCUCAGCCACCCGGCCGUCAACCUGAAGCAGGCCAUGAGCCGGCGCAGCCUGGCCGCGCUCAAGAACAUGGCCACGCACAAGCUGCACACGCUGGCCUCCAACCUGCUGGCUGCCGACAGCCAGGACAAGGGCAACCUACCAAAGUACUCCCACAACUCCCUGGUGGUGCAGUCCAUGAAGACCAACGUGACGGAUCCCGACAUGCACGUGCUGUUCUUCGACGUGGAGGCGGUGAUCAUCCAGCUGCUGACGGAGGAGGCGCAGCGGCCCAGCCCCACCAUGGUGUCCCCCGAGAGCCUGCAGAAGAGCCAGGCCGGCCCCGACAAGGGAGGCUCCUUCCUGGCCAACAAGAUCUUCAAACAGGUCAAAGAGACCAUGAAGGAGACCAUCAAGGAGCACCUGAUGGAUGAAGACGAGGAGGAGGAGGAGGAGAUGAGGAGGCGCGAGGAGAAGUCCAAGUCCCUGAGCCUGCUGGAGUACAACCUGACCAUGGACACGGCCAAGCUGUUCAUGUCCUGCCUCCACGCCUGGGGCCUGGACUGCGGCCUGGACGCCGUCUGCCUGGAGCGCCUGGGCAUGCUGAAGCCCCACUGCCCCAUCUCCUUCGGCCUCAUCUCCCGCGGAGGACACAUGUCCCUCAUGCUGCCCACCUUCAAGGAGGCCUUGCUCCGUCAGCUGUCCCAGGCUGCCGGCCGGACUCUGGCCCCGGCGGACAUCGUGGGUAACGGGACGUACGGGGUGUCCCGGGCCGUCAGCACCCAGCACCUGCUGUCGGUCAUCUCCCUGGCCAACACCCUGAUGGGCAUGACCCACGCCUCCUUCAUCGGGGAGCACAUGAAGAAGGCUCCCGUCAGACCUCCCAGACCCGGGACCCCUGAGAGCCCCCGCAGGACCGCCUCCAGCGGCCCCCCGCCCUCCAGCCCCGCCAUGCAGGCCCAGAUCAAACAAGCUGCCACCACUCCUGCUUCUCUAGGGGCCCCAGUACGGCCACCUCGGGGCCCCUCUGGUGCCCCUAGCCAAGGCCCUGCCUCUCAUAGCAUCCCCUCAGUCAACGAAGGGUGGAGCCAGCUGGCUGCGAUGCACUGUGUGAUGCUCCCUGACCUGUUAGGGAAGUUCAGACCUCCUCUCCUUGAGAUGUUGGCUCGGCGGUGGCAGGACCGCUGUCUGGAGGUACGAGAAGCAGCCCAAGCACUGCUAUUGGCUGAGCUCAGGAGGAUCGGUCAAUCAGGACGCAAGGAUACCAUUGACCUGUGGGCCCCCUACCUGCCUCAGUAUGUGGACAGCGUCAGCUCCCCUGGAACAACCACAGAGCCCCCCCCGCCGGCCCCGCCCCCAGUCGACUCUCAGCCAAUCGAAACCAAGGCUUCCGAGGAGGAGCUGGAUGUGACUGACGAUGACAUCACAGCAGGCUGUCUGUCCAACCUGCCACCCAACGCCAAGAAGAUCUCCAACUCCUACGAGGAGCGGCGGAAGCAAGCCACCGCCAUCGUGUUGCUAGGGGUGAUAGGGGCAGAGUUUGGCGCAGAGAUUGAGCCACCGAAGGGCGCUGGUAGGGCGAGGAUGGGAGGACAAGCACCCGAGGGCUUUGGACCGGCCAGCGGAGGCUCCUCCAACUACUCUCUGGCCAGACACACCUGUAAGGCGCUGACCUUCCUGCUGCUCCAGCCCCCCAGCCCCAAGCUGCCUCCCCACAGCACCAUCCGCCGCACAGCCAUCGAUCUGAUUGGCCGUGGCUUCACCGUGUGGGAGCCAUAUAUGGACGUGUCGGCGGUGCUCAUGGGCCUGCUGGAGCUCUGCGCCGAUGCUGAGAAACAACUGGCCAACGUCACCAUGGGUCUCCCUCUCAACCCUCCGGCGGACUCUGCUCGCUCGUCCCGCCACGCUCUCUCUCUCAUCGCUACGGCUCGGCCACCUGCCUUCAUCACCACCAUCGCUAGAGAGGUCCACAGGUUCAAUGCUGCCCAGGCCAACUCCCAGUCCCAGCAGAACGUCCACACCAGCACCCUGGCCCGGGCCAAGACCGAGAUCCUCAGGGUGAUCGACAUACUCAUAGAGAAGAUGCCUGGAGACGUAGUGGAUCUACUGGUGGAGGUGAUGGACAUCAUCAUGUAUUGCAUUGAGGGUUCACUGGUCAAGAAGAAAGGACUGCAGGAAUGCUUCCCUGCUAUCUGCAAGUUCUACAUGGUGGGCUACUGUGACCGAAGCCACCGCAUCGCAGUGGGGGCACGCCAGGGCUCCGUGGCGCUGUACGACGUCAGGACCGGGAAGUGCCAGAACAUCCAUGCUCAUAAGGGUCCAAUCACUGCGGUGUCAUUCGCUCCUGAUGGCCGUUACCUAGCAACCUACUCCAACCUAGAAAGCCAUAUCUCCUUCUGGCAGAUGAACACCAGUACACCCAGUCUAACCAGUACCCCCCCUGCUCCAGAUGAACACCAGUCUGCUGGGCAGCAUCGGCAUGCUGAACUCGGCCCCCCAGCUGCGCUGCAUCAAGACCUACCAGGUGCCCCCGGUGCAGCCCGCCUCGCCCGGCUCCCAGAACCACCUCAAGCUGGCCCGCCUCAUCUGGACCUCCAACCGCAACGUCAUCCUCAUGGCCCACGACGGCAAGGAGCACCGCUUCAUGGUCUGAUUGCCCCCUGCUCGCGCCACUUCCUGCCCGCGCAACUUCCUGCCCUCCACACUUCCUGCUCGGGCCGCUCCCCGUCUGGCCCCGAGCUGGGGGGGUUUCUGGGAGGUCUAUUGAGGGUCUAACGUACUAGGGGGCCGUGAGGGGUCUUUGGUCUGAAGCGUUUAGUGUUAAAGUGAAUCUGAAGAUAUAAUGUCUGUACAUACUAGAAUACUACGCUUUAGUGGUAAGAUAAAGAUUAAGAUAAAAUGUACGUAUUAUUUAGUAGAAACACCAGAUAGUUGUGAACUAUACAAACCUUUCAACUCUCAAAGCGUUUAGUCAGAAAAUGUAAACCUUUGAAGGGGUAUGUUUGGCGAUACAACAUUUUGUUUACUUUAUUAUCACCAAUAUUAGAUCAUUUUGGAAAAUAUUUGCUCCAAGGCCGUCUGGAUUUGAACCACCACCCCGCUACACUGAGUUGGUUAGGUUCAUGACCGCUGGCCAAUGAAGGGUUCUUUUACUGCUUGAAUCUGAUAGUUUGUUCUUCGUGCUUCUGGAUUGGCUGUAGAUAAUGUUUUUUGUUGCUCGGUUACCGUGGCGGUGGACCCAAACACACCUGUUUACAUUGUUGUUGUUGUUGUUGUGUUUGUUUCAUGCAUUCCUAUUUAAGGGUGGUUGGUUUCACCGCCCUGGCCUCAGCCCCCGGAGGAGGAGCCAGGAGGUCAUGUGAUCUGAACCCACCAAUAGGGCGCGGCCCCACCGGGGCCCAGCCCUUGUGGGGCGCUUUGUGAUGUGUGUUGUCGUUGUGUAUUGCUGUUGUGGUUGAUGGUAUCAACGUUCCCCUUUCGAAGGGUUUCCCCCAGUGUUUGUGCAACAGUGUGUGUGCGUGUGAGUGUGUGUUUUCAAAUCCCAAAAGUUAAUGCGCCCUAUUCCCAAGUCUCUUGUAUAUUACACAUUUCCCUCAUAUAAAACGUAUAAUCAGAUGUAUGUGUCUGUGUGUGUGUGUUUUUAUAUACACCCAGAAUGGUAGGCUCGCGUGUGGUGUAAUCAUCACCACACCGUGUGAUGCCUUGACGGUAGAUUCAGGUGCUGGUCCGUCGCUAUGGGAACCAGGCGGGGUACAUACCUUAGCCUGCUAAUGAAGAUGGCUAUCAAUCGGCCUCUUCUUCUAUUCUCUUCACUCUUUUCUCAUUCCGACCUUCAGUUCUCCUCCUGCCUCUUGUCCUUUGCUGCCUGCCUGCUCCCAUCUCUCCUGCUCCUCCUCCCAAAUCCCUCCUCUGUCUCCUCCUCACUCUCUCUAUCUCCUCCCCUAUCUCCUCCUUCAUGUCUCCCCCUUCCUGUCUCCUCCAUCCUGUCUCCUCUCCUCUGAGCCACUCACACGCUACACACCUAUAAACUGAAGCGUGUCGAAGCUUUUCACACCUCCAUUUUAUUUACCAGGUUGUCAGCUGGGAUUUAGAAUUGUGCAGACACAGACACAGACACACGCACACACAUACACACACACACACACACACACACACACACACAAACCGGUCUGAAUGGAUGAGAGUGGAGAUCAUAACAUCUUGUUUACCUUCUCAACUAAAGAGAGGGAGGUGAAAGGAUCAGAGAUUGGGCAUACAGACAGACAGGAAGAUGUGUGUGUGCUUAUGUGUUUAUCCACAGAAUGAUUUGUUGCAUGUAAAUAUGACCCUGUGACAAAAAAAAGAUAUAUACUUUAAAGAAUAUAUAGAUAUAUACUAUAUACAUCAUGUGCUGUGAUUAAUUCUCUUGUGUUGAAACUUGUUGACUGUCAAUAAAGAUAUGUGAAAACAAACAUGA